GAACGUCAGCGGUUCGCACGCAGACUAAUUAACUCUAAAAUUCCAGCUCAGCCAAAUUCACAUCACCUGAGGCUUUUUUGUAUGAGUAGUAAAAUAUUCUAAUUUAAGACAACUAAAGACAAUUCGCCGUGAAUUUGCACAGUGUUGGACAAAUGUGGUGUUAAAGUGAAGCAAGAAGAAAGUUGAAUUUGUGCUGUUUUGAAAUACUCGUAAUAAUUGUAAAUUCUGUAAAGUGAUCGUCGUUGCUUUAAGGAUUAAAGAUGAAACAACUAAAUGUGGUUAUAUGGUUAGCUCUACUGCUGCACCAAGAAUGGCUAACGCAAACUUCAGCAGCGCAACAACAACAAGCUUCCUCGAAUGCACAGUCUUCGGUUGUGCAACUGUACGAUUCGAAUCGUGACGAUAAUGCGGCGGCGCCACAAUCGGAAAGUGUUUUGGGAUCACUAUACCGCAAGAGCAGACAAUCGAGAUGCGUGCGUUGUUACGAAGAUCGUUACGGCGAUGAUCGCAGUCGUUACUAUGGAACUGGCGGUUAUUCCAGUCGUUCAUCGGACAACUGGUAUUACCCUUACGAUCGUUACGAUGAUCGCUACCGUUCAGAGGAUCGCUAUCGCUCGGAGGAUCGCUAUCGGCCAGAUUAUGAUCGUUAUUCGUCGUCUUCUUCCAUGCCAUCUUCAUAUUAUCGUGAUAGAGAUGACCGCUUGGGUUCGCGCACCUACGAUCGCUAUGAUACACGUGGUUAUGAUCGCUAUGAUCGCCGUGGUGGAUACGAACAGGAUCGUUAUGGCGAUUAUUCUCGCGAUCGUUACUAUGAGCGUCCACGCGGCAGCGCUUACGAUCGUGACUACUAUGAUCGCUCCACCUCGUCGCGUUAUGACUACCGCAAUUACCGUCCUUAUGAUGAAACCUACAGAGGCCAAUCGGGAUUUGACAAUUCCGGACGCGGUUAUUAUUUCGCGAGUGAAGAUAGCGAUCGUCAACUUUACCCGAGCAGCAAAUCUGGUUACGAUCAGCGCGCUAACUCUUCACCCUGUGGCGUGCGGGUCACUGAUUGUCCCUACGCCUCCAGAGGCGGAAGCGCUGGAGGUACAACACAAGUGACCUCGCGGCCCAUAACUAGUCAACAUGGCUAUGAUUACGGUUACAGUUAUGGUGCGGGAAGUAGUGGUAGCGCUGGCAGUAGCGGAAGCGGCGCAGGCGCUGCAACACGCAACACAAGUGCAAAUAAUAGCAGUAAUUCUAGUAGUAGUCAAGGUUGGAACUAUGUAGAUGAGCGCGAUAAGGCGUCGAGUGCACGGGGGAGCGGUAGGGAUGAGAAUAGAGGACGCGAGCGGGAGCGUGAGCGUGACAGGGAUCCGCAGAGCUCUUCCUACGGUAGCCGACCGCCACGUCCAUUAGGUGGCAGCUACCUCUUCGACCGUGACUCGAAUACGGUAGGGGAUGAGAAGACGGCGGACAAUGCAGCAGAUAAGGAUAGCAGUGGUGGCAAUGCCGAUGGCGUCAGCAAUAUCUCGUCAUCAUCAAUGGUUGUUGAACAAAAUCGUGAUAUGAAUAAUAGCGGCGAUGGCGGUCGUGGAGGUAGUGAUGACGGCAUGGCCAAUUCAAUGCAAACGAAUGUCAGGGAUAAACAAUGAUCAGAACAGCAAAUUCAGAAAUGAUAAAAAAACAUAUAAAAAUAAGAAUAAGAGCAUGACAUUAUAUAAUGUAUUCUUUUCCUAAAAACAAAUGUUUUGUAAAAUCUAAUCACAGAACUAAAAAUAUAUGUAUGCAAUGGGUGAAGCAAAAGAAACAUUUCA